AUGACUCCGGCAGUAGAUGCUCACAAGAUCUUCCCCAUCACCACUUUUAUAUCAGACCUGCCGAGCAAUCUCACUCCGCAACUCUUCUCAUCAUCCGCGGAAAAUGAACCGAGAUCGGCUGGUCGACGCUUAGUCAUCGUCGGAGAUGUACAUGGGAUGAAAAAGUCUCUGGACGCUCUUCUGGAAAAAGUCUGCUUCGAUAAGGGCAAAGGGGACCAUCUGAUAUUUGUCGGUGAUUUGGUCAACAAAGGACCCGAUAGCCCUGGUGUGAUUGAUCGGGCCGUGGAGUUGGGUGCCAGCGCAGUAAGAGGCAACCAUGACAAUGCAGUUCUCGAUGCUGCCGUGGAAAUCAAGGCAAGAGGAGACAACCUAAUGCAUGCUGGAGGCAUAACCAGCGGUUCUGCCAAGCUACCUGAGGAUUCGGGGGCUGAAUUACCUAGCGAGACUGUUGCUUGCGACGGCCCUGAAACAAGCGCAUCUCCCAACGCUAGUCCUCUCACACGACACAGCGCAACAACGUACAGCACAGCCCGCGCACUCUCGACGCGUCACCUUGACUGGCUCGCCGGCCUGCCACUGAUCUUGCGUAUUAAGCUGCCGUACCAUCUCACGUCAUCCUUAGACGACACUCUGGUGGUCGUACAUGCUGGUCUCACCCCCGGUAUCCCGCUUGAAAAGCAGGAUCCUCAUGCCGUGAUGCACAUGCGUAGCCUCACUCACGCGCCGGGCGACGAACGCACCUUGAUACCGGCUGAAGCAUCGGGAGAGGAAGGCUGGGUUGCCCAAUGGGAUCAAUGGCAGGACCAACUAACAACCCGGACUACUGUCAUAUUUGGGCACGAUGCAAAGCGGCGUCUGCAGCUCGGCAGGCAUACAAUCGGACUAGAUUCCGCAUGUCUAUAUGGUCACCAUCUCAGUGCGCUAGUCAUUGAGUCAACCGAUAGGGGAAUAGAACAUCGGAUCGUGCAGGUCGAAUGUGCUGACACGCCUGUUGUCCCAAAAGCAUAA